AGAGUGAAAAGGAACAUCAUGCCUGUGGAGCUAGCAAUUCAGAGGGAGCUUGCAUACCCGAAGAAGAUUGAGGGGAUGCAGUUGCAACCUCGUUAUGAUCUUGUGGAGCUUUCGAUGCGUGUCCAGGUGAAACGUCCGAUUUGAAAGUCCCUGUGAAAAAGAUUAUAAAGGAGGAAAUUAAAGACGCAAUGGAUAUAGCUGAAAUGGCUAACAAGAGCGUGAAAGGGAAUAUCAUGACAGCGGAGCUUGCACUUCAAAGGGAGCUUGCAUACCAGAAGAAGAUUGAGCGGAUGCAGUUGCAAGCAAGUUAUGAUUUGGUGGAGCUACCAGUUGCUGACCAGGAGACACAUUCAAUUCGUAAAUCUUCGGAAAUGAAUGCGACACCCCGUUCUGGCAAAUUUCCUUGCUUUAAAGAUCAAGCGACUACUGAGAAGGUGAUGUGGAAAACAGUGUCGGUGGAGCUUGCUCUUCGAAGGAAAAUUGAAUACCAAGCAAAGAUUAAAAGGUUAAAGUUGCAAGCGGAUAGUGAUAUUCGCGAAGCUCCCCAUCCUACCAUCCAAGGAACAACUUCACAUUUGGAGCUUAGCAAAAUGAAUAGAGAAUCCUGCUCUGAGAACUGUUCAAGCUUGCAAGGUAGGAUUCAGAACCCAGUAUUCUUUCUAGGGGAGGUUCAAUGUGAGAGAUCUCAACAAGAAAUAACCAGAAGGGAGAUGUCCAACGAGAGAUACAGGACCACCACCAUACCGACGGAGUUAGGAAUCCAAAGGGAGCUGGAAUCUGAAAGGAAAAUGCAGAAUUUGCAGUCUGGUUUUAAGUUUCAGGAACGGCCUGUCCUGUCCAGGGAUCAACUCCAAACCAGAAUACUGCCCAGGUGAAUGAAAUGGCCGCGUUUAUGAAUCUGGGAUACCCGUUACCACGAAAAGAGAAACAACAAUACGAUCAGAAAAAACCUCUAUACUGCAAGGCCUGCAAGGUGUUGUGCUCAGGUGUGAAAGCUCUAAGGAUGCACCUUAGAGGUAGAAGACAUGGGAUAGAAUUAGUGUGUGAGGUAUGUGUAGUACCAUGUACAGACGAAAACCCUCUUCGGCGACAUCUUUCUGGGCAGAAGCAUGCUGCUAAUGUUGAAAAACUCGCUGAAGCAAAGGCGGCUCUCGUAGGUAAAAAAACUAGAUGAGUUGCAAAGUCCAAGCAGAAAAUCUUCGGGAUGAAAACAAGUUUCUUGAAUCUAGGUAAAAAAACUAGAUGAGAACAUCACUAACCCUUGAUCUUUUUUUGGUUUCUGAAGACAUUUUCUUUGUACAGUCUAUAAGUUGAAUACUGGUAGAGCAACUUAAUAUCGCGGAGUAGUUUAGAAUUACACCUUUUCGUUCAUUUAACUCAGACUACUUCAGAAGACCUAAUAAUUAUCAAUUUGAGUUAUGGUGCUAUGUAUAUAUUGUCAGGUGCGAGUUGGUGUUUCUCUGUUCUCUGAAUGAUGUAUAUUCUGGAUAUGUGAAAGCUAUAUUUGAACUUAUUACGAAUGUGCAUUAGACUUCUCUCCGUUCACCAUGAAUUCAGACCUAAUACAGAUUCCAUGUCUCAAGAGUUUUAUCCCACCUUAUCCAUGAACUUCUUAGCCUUCUUAUAAGCUUUUCUCAAAUGCUUCUCAAAUCUGACCAAGUUGACUCUAACGUUUUGUUCUGUCAAAUAUAUUUUCUUGAUAAUACUCCAAUCUUUUUUAGACACUGACUUUGGAUCUUUCACAACCAUACUGUCUUUACCAUAUUUGUCUACCAAGGUACUUUCAUUC